AUGAAGACGUUGGGGACUUACCACUUUGAAGGAGAGCCAGAUCUUUACCAGGCGGACGCAUGGCUACAAAGCAUCGAAAGGAAUUUCGCUGCAACUAGGUGUCCAAUCAACUUCAAGAAGGACGUUGGAAUCUACUAUCUACGGAAGGACGCACUAAACUGGUGGGAGAGUGUGGAUCGACAAAAAGGCCAGUAUGUCAAUACUUGGGAGAAGUUCAAACACGAGUUUGAGCAGAAGUAUUUUCCACCAGAAGCACGGGAUCGUCUAACUCAAGAAUUUCUGAGAUUGGAGCAAGGCGAGAAGAGUGUACGAGCCUAUGAAGCGGAGUUUAUGAGGUUACAAAGGUAUGCCUCAUACUGUAACGAGGAUGAUAAAGCCCUGGUGAGACAAUUCAUGCAAGGCUUAAAACCGGAGAUAGGAGGUCGACUACAAUCUGUCACUUUCACCAACCCUCAUGAAGUGAUAGAGAGAGCGGUGAAUGUAGAGACAUAUCUACAAAAGGAGAAAGCGGCGUGGAACAAAAGGAAAAUGGAGUUCAACGCAACAACCAAGUCAAAGAAGGGAGGUCAAUCUUCUAAUCAAGGAAAACCCCACAAGGGUAAUCAGAAGUCUGGAAAUGGAGAUCGAGGAUGCUACACAUGCGGAGAAAAGGGACAUUUCUCAAGAAAUUGUCCUCGUUCCUUCAUGACAACAGAAUCUCUCAUGCACGUCAGAUGCUAUCUUUGUGGCGAAUUUGGGCAUUACGCCACUAGUUGUCCCAACAGAGUUGUUGGAACAGCAGGAGGAUCCGGCAAACAAAACGCACCACCCCGACCAAUGAAAGAAUCCCCGGCUAAGCGUCUAACUUCUUCGGGUAAGGUGUAUGCUUUAGAAGCAGGACUGAUGUGGAGUCAGGUUUUACCAAACUCCUAG